GAUGACGACAAGGAAAAUGCAAAUCACGCUGUCUCCUUCAUCUUUCGAUUGUCUUUCUCACAAACUAUCUUUGAACCCAGAAGAAAGACGAAACUGUUCGAGUAGAAAGCGGCAAGUUUUCAGGUAGAAGAAGCUCUGUCUUUUUGUUUUGAAAUGGAGAAGAUACUGAGAUGUGUCCGGUGGGGUUAUGAGGUUAAUGCCUCUUCCGAUGAUUGUAUCGACGCAAUCGACUCCUAUUUUCAACAGGUUCUUAGUUAUGGGAGGAAUAGGAAAGUGAUUCUAGAAGCACCAUUCUACGACAAAGAUUGUGUUUUGGGCAAUAUUUUAGCUGCUCAUUAUCUUUUUUCAUCUCAACCUUCCAGAGCUAAUUCAUACGUUGAAGCUGCGGCAUCCAGUCUUGAACAAUCUACACCUUAUGAGAAAGCAGUUUUCGAGGCUAUUAGUUACCUGAUCUCCGAGGACAGGGAUGACGACUUGGCUUUUGAAAUGCACACCGAGCUACUUAAAAAAUUCCCUAAGGAUCUGGUGUCUCUGAAGAGAGCACAGCUUUUAUGUUUCUACAUGGGUCAACCUGAUCCUUUUCUGGGUCUUGUUCAGCAGGUUUUAGUUGCGAAUCAAGAAGAAAGUUACAUACACGGUAUGCUUGCGUUCCCAUUGUUAGAACUAGGUCGAAUGGAAGAAGCUGCAGCAGCUUCCAGAAAAGGCUAUGAGAUAAACAAAGAAGACGCCUGGGCACAUCACUGUAUGUGUCAUGUUCUUCAACAUGAAUGUCGGUUUAAAGAAGCAGUAGAGUUCAUGGAAGGGCUCGCCGGAUCUUGGCCUUCUUGCUCAUCCUUCAUGUAUACACACAAUUGGUGGCAUGUUGCUCUUUGUUACUUGGAAGGAGGGUCACCAAUGAGUAAAGUAGAGGAGAUUUAUGAUUAUCACAUCUGGAAAGAAUUGGAGAGAGACGACGCUGUUCCUCCCGAAGUUUAUCUUAAUGCUCUGGGCUUGUUGUUGCGUUUGGAUGUAAGAGAUGCUCUUGAUGGGUUUGAAGACCGUCUGAAAAUCCUUGCAGUUCGUUUAACUGAUCAGGUAAAUUGGUAUUUGGAAUGGCAUCUUGAUAUAAUGAUAGUUUGGGCAUUAGCAAAGGUUGGAGAGACUUCAAGAGCUCAUGAAUUACUUGAGGGUCUGAAAUUCCGAUUAUCGAAGAUGAACAAGAAGAAACAACAAGUGAUGCAAAAAGGGAUUCAGCUGGGAGAAGCUGUUUAUGAAUACGCAAGGGGUAACUACAAAAAGUCUCUAGAACUACUUGGUUCAGAUUUUAACGCCAUUGGUUACAAGAUCAUCGGGGCAUCAGAUGAACAGAUAGAUGUUUUCAACGAGAUGUUGUGCCAGCUGUUGCUAAACACAGGCCAAUCUUCCACUGCCAAAGAAGUGAUCAGAGAGAGGAUAAAGGUCAGAGAUGGUGUUCCUUUCAUGUGGCGUUUGCUGGAGAAGAGUUACGCCAUGGAAGGCAAUGCAGAGGCUGGGAGUGCAGGAGAGAGAGCUAAGAAGCUGGAAUCUUGUUAUUUCUAAUUCUGCUUCUAAAUAUAAUAAGUCAAAAUGUUUACAUGUGUUUGAAAUUGGAGUAGAAUCCUUUGAGAACUGGUGUGUGUACUACUACUUCAUGUUUUAUAGUAAAAGCAAAGUAUUUAUUUUUCCUUAUAUUCUUCUACUUAAUCUCACGUUUUUCCGAUUAUCAUAUUUUCCAUAUCUUACUUUUCUAUAAUUUUCUUUAUUAAAAACUGACCUAAGCUUUUGUGUGUUUUAUUAUUGUCAUUGUUUCUGAAACGUCCGCUUCAAGGAACUAUCAGAAAUCAACCUCUCCAUGUCUGAAGCAGAGAAGAAGAAGAUUGCUACGGAGAUGGAGCGUAAACUGAAAAACGAAGAGAAGGCUAGAGAAAAAGAGAUGAGGAGGCAAAAGGCAUUGGAGAAAGCAAAGCUCGGAGAAAUAAAGGCGGCAAAACCUAAA